AUGCAUUUUAACUUGAACACUGCCGCAAUGUUAGUGCAAAUUGUUCACGUGACCCAGUACACCUCCACCCCUUUCGAUACCGACUUCUCCAGCAUUACCUCACAAUAUACUCGAUCAAUUAAAAUGAGUAGAGCGGAAGUCGACUUACAGACAAGUGUCAAAAAAGCUUGUAGUCUCGACGAGGUUCCACCUAAGCGAAAGCAUGUUCGAGCUUGUAUCGUGUACACUUGGGACCAUAAGAAUUCUCGUGCGUUUUGGAAUGCUGUCAAGAUUCAGCCAUUGCAAAGUGACGAAGUUCAGCUUUUCAAGGCGUUGAUCAUGAUCCAUAAAGUCUUACAAGAGGGCCAUCCCAACACUUUGAAAGAUGCUUUUCGAAAUCGUGAUUUUCUCUCUUCCUUGGCAACUGUUUUUCCCAGCCGGGGUACCGCCUACGGACGAUUGAUUAACCAAUACGAUAAGUUCUUACUUCAAAAAUUGGAUUUUCAUCGCAAUAAUCCCGGCUUCAAUGGUAUGUUUGAAUAUGAAGAGUACAUUUCAUUAAGAGCAGUGAACGACCCGAACGAAGGCUAUGAAUCAGUUUUACAAUUGAUGGAUCUCCAAGAUCUGAUCAAUGAUCUACAAAAAUUGAUCUUCGCCACAAUUCACCAAACACCAAAUAAUCUUUGCAAGGUAAGUGCUUUGGUUCCUUUGAUUGCUGAGUCGUACGGAAUCUACAAAUUUUGUACCUCUAUGUUGAGGGCUUUACAUCUGCAAUUAGGCGCAGACGAAGCCUUGACUGUUCUUUACGAAAGAUUUGACUCGCAGCAUUUUAUGUUGCGAGACUUUUACACGGACUGUCAUGCGAUAAAAUUUCUCACGAGUCUUAUUACUAUUCCACGUUUGUCGAGCGAUCCUCCAGAUUUAGUUGGAAUUGACGAAAAUGGAAAUAGAACAAAUGACAGGUCACAAGCGAACACACCAGCUGAAUUGUCCUCUCAACCAACUGCCAGUAUUGAAGUUCCCCGCGGACCACCUCCUCCAGUGGAUCUGAUUUUCUUGCAACAGACUGGCAUAUUUGACCAGCAACAAGAAGAGCAACAGAGAAUUCAGCAGGAAUUGGAACUAAAGAGGCAACAGCAGCUCCAAGCGCAAUUACAGCAACAACAACUCUUCGAUCAGCAACAGCAAGAUCAGCAACGCAGAUUUAUGGAGGAGCAGCAAUAUUUGCAACAGCAACAGACCCAACAGCAGCAAUCCCGUGUUGCGGAACUCGAACAUGACCUUUUGAUGUUCAAGAACCAGUAUGAUAACGACCAGCUGUUGUUGGCCCAAUAUGAUAACAGGGUCAAAUCUUUGGAAUCGGAAAUGACCAAUUUGAACAACAAUGCCACUCAACAAUUGGCUUCAAAAGAUGAGUUGAAUAACAACUUACAGGAGCAAAUUAACAAUUGGACCAAAAAAUACGAGUCACUUGCAAAACUAUACUCGCAAUUGCGCCAGGAGCAUUUGAAUUUGUUAUCCAAGUUUAAGAAGAUUCAGCAAAAGAUCAAUAGCGCACAGGAAUCUAUUCUCAAGAAGGAGAAGCUAGAGAAAGAUAUCAAAUCAAAAAAUGUUGAGUUAGCUGAUUUAAUUCGUGAACGGGAUAGAGCCAGACUUGAUUUAGACAGAUUAAGGUCUUCUAAAGAUAUGGAGAUUGAAAAGCUCAGCUCAGAAUUGCACCUUCUCAAAGAAGAAGCAAAUCAAUCUGGUAAAGUACAGUCAAUGAAUAUGACUACCCUUAUUUCGAGACACGAGAAGGAAUUAGAGGAAAUGAAACAAAAAUUGGCUGAUAGAGAGAAAAAGUUGAAUGCACUUGGUGAUAGCGACUUGAAUGAAAAGUUGAAGGACAAGGAAAUGGAACUUGAAAUCACUCAAGAAUCCUUGGAGACAGCUUUAAAAGAACUUGCAAUAAGUAAGAAUGAUCAGGACGAUGUGAUGAAUGCUCAGAUCGAUCAAAUCAUACUCGAGAAUAUUGACAAACUUCGGCGUUUGAUUGAUAUAUUCCUUAACAAUAACAUCAAGCGCAUUCAAGAAAGCAAGCACGAGCUUAGUUCCCAAAUGCAGGCAGGAAACCAGAGUGCUACCCCGGAGUAUUUGCUCUCUAUUAUCGAACUCUGUUCUGACACUGCGACCGACUUUGCAUCUGCUUUCAAUGGCUUUCUUGUGGAUGGUAAAGCUAGCUAUGGUGAUGAUGAUUCUGGGUAUUCAGCGAUCGUUCUGACAAGUUCAGAAUUGACUUCUGCUGUCAAUGAUUUGGUUAUUAAUGCAAAAGGUCUUUCCCGCCUAAUGCAAAAUGAAGAAACAUUGCUUGUGUUGGUGUCUAAAGUCUUGAAUAGUACCGAACUGUACUUCAGUGGCUUAAAGUCCGAAGUUCUAGGCAAGUUGGCUGACGAAGAUGACAAAGUUGAUAAGGUAAUUGACAGCAAUUUACAAGUUCAACAGGAUUUACAAGAGGUUGGAAGCCUCGUGGAAUCAUUGAGAUCGAAGAAUGGCGUUAGUCUCAAACUGCUGAACUUGGAUGCGAUGGUUGAGGAUGAAAUGGAGCGGGCUGCAAACACCGUCAAUUCUGCUUCACAAUUUUUAACCAAUCUUUUACAAAAUCCGAAUAUCAAGGGAGUCGAUGUUGAAGUGCACGAAGCGAUACUUUCUGCAGCUAUGGCAGUAACCAAGGCUGUCUCUAUCUUGAUUACGGCUGCAACUGAAUCACAAAGAGAAAUCGUUAGUAAGGGAAGGGGCAAUCAAACUCGCACUGAGUAUUACAAGAAAAACAACAGGUGGACGGAAGGUCUUAUUAGUGCCUCAAAGGCAGUAGCAGGUGCCACAAAUGUGUUGAUUCAAACAGCUGAUGGUGUUAUUAGAGAUGACUGUCAGCAAGAGCAAUUGAUUGUGGCUUCAAACGAAGUGGCAGCAUCUACAGCCCAACUCGUCGCUGCAUCUCGAGUCAAGGCAAACUUUGUCUCCAAAACUCAGGACAAUUUGGAGACCGCAUCAGGCAGUGUCUCGAGAGCCUGUAAAGAAUUGGUUGGUCAAGUUCAAAGGUAUUUAACUCGGGCUGACGAAACUCAAAACGACGUUGAUUUGAGCAAGUUGACACCGUACGAAGGGAAAACAUUAGAGAUGGAGCAGCAGGUACAAAUUCUUAAACUUGAGAACACGCUUGCGUCAGCGAGAAAGCGUUUGGGUGAGAUCAGAAAGCAUGGUUACGCGGAUGACCUCAGUGAUAAUGAAUCCUAA